AUGGAUGGAAGGAACUCUGGAGAACAAGGGAGACAGGCGUCUAGCAUCAGUAAUAAUCCUUCUUCUCCUCGCUCAAAGGGCAAAGAUAGAAAACACUACCAUAUAUCCACAGCUACCAGCAUUAGCAGCAGCAGCAGUAGAGAUCUUAGAAGAAGCAAAGACCGUUCAGAACGGGAGCGGUGGAAUGAUGAUAACGACAAUGACAAUGAUGAUAACGAUUACAAUGAUUACAACGAUUACAACGAUACAGACAUAGACGACAAGAGUAGUGAUGACGGGGACGACGAGGAUGAUAAUGAAAUUAAUAACAGCGAUGCAAAAGAAGAUGGAAACAGGCCGGAAUCGCUUGAACCUGUCUCGUUCUCAAAGAGAAAGCGUGAUGCCAAGUCAAAUAUUGUCAAACAUCAGCAGAGACUUGGUUACAAGGGUAAAGAUGGAAAGCUACUUCCUGAAGAAAAAAGACACAAAUGUUCCGCUUGUGGGAAACGCUUCUCGAGACCAAGCCAACUAGAAACUCAUAGGCUUACACACACGGGAGAGAAACCUCACGUUUGCUCAUACUGUAACAAGGACUUUAAUGUGGCCAGCAACCUCAAAAGACACAUACGAACUCAUCUUAAAUCCACACGAGGCGUACUUAAAGCCGAUUAA